GGGCGCGCAGGCGCAGGGGGGCGCGGGCGGCGGCGCUCGGCGGCGCCGUGCGCGGCGGGUCCCAGUCCGCGCUGCAGCCGCCGCGGGGGCGCCACUACCAUGAGCGGCCGCGGCCGCCCCUGCGCGACUCACGGGCACCGGGCGCACCAGCCGCCUCCGGCCCCCCCCCGUCGUCGCCGCCGCCGCCGCUGCCGCCGCGCACCCCCGGCCCCCGAGCCCGGCGCUGCAGGAUGCCGGGGGGCAAGAGAGGGCUGGUGGCACCGCAGAACACCUUCCUGGAGAACAUCGUCCGGCGCUCCAGCGAAUCCAGUUUUUUGUUGGGAAACGCCCAGAUUGUGGACUGGCCUGUAGUUUAUAGUAAUGACGGAUUUUGUAAACUCUCUGGAUAUCAUCGCGCCGACGUCAUGCAGAAAAGUAGCACUUGCAGUUUUAUGUAUGGUGAACUGACAGACAAGAAGACCAUUGAAAAAGUCAGACAGACUUUCGACAACUAUGAGUCAAACUGCUUCGAAAUUCUCCUCUACAAGAAAAACAGAACCCCAGUUUGGUUCUACAUGCAAAUCGCUCCUAUAAGAAAUGAGCAUGAAAAAGUGGUUUUGUUCCUGUGCACUUUUAAGGAUAUCACUUUGUUCAAGCAGCCAAUAGAAGAUGAUUCAACAAAAGGUUGGACCAAGUUUGCACGGUUGACACGGGCCUUGACGAACAGUCGGAGUGUGCUGCAGCAGCUGACGCCGAUGAACAAAGCCGAGGUGGUGCACAAGCAUUCCCGCCUGGCUGAAGUUCUCCAGCUGGGAUCUGAUAUUCUUCCUCAGUACAAGCAAGAAGCUCCAAAGACUCCACCGCACAUUAUAUUACAUUAUUGUGCUUUUAAGACCACUUGGGACUGGGUCAUCCUAAUUCUAACCUUCUACACAGCAAUUAUGGUUCCAUAUAAUGUCUCCUUCAAGACGAAGCAGAACAACAUUGCCUGGCUUGUGCUGGACAGUGUCGUGGACGUUAUUUUUCUGGUUGACAUUGUUUUGAACUUUCAUACAACCUUUGUUGGCCCUGGUGGAGAGGUUAUAUCUGAUCCCAAGCUCAUAAGGAUGAACUACCUGAAGACGUGGUUUGUGAUUGAUCUUCUGUCCUGUUUACCGUAUGACAUCAUCAAUGCCUUUGAGAAUGUGGAUGAGGGGAUCAGUAGCCUCUUCAGUUCUCUAAAAGUGGUGCGUCUUCUCCGACUUGGUCGAGUUGCCAGAAAGUUGGACCAUUAUUUGGAAUAUGGUGCUGCUGUACUGGUACUGCUGGUGUGUGUGUUUGGACUGGUGGCUCACUGGCUAGCCUGCAUAUGGUACAGCAUCGGGGACUAUGAAGUUAUAGACGAAGUCACUAACACAAUCAAAACAGAUAGCUGGCUCUACCAGUUGGCACUGAGUAUUGGGACACCAUAUCGAUACAACACCACUGGCUCAGGGCAGUGGGAAGGAGGACCCAGUAAAGACUCCUUGUACAUAUCCUCUCUCUACUUUACCAUGACAAGCCUUACAACGAUAGGAUUUGGAAACAUAGCACCAACCACUGAUGGGGAGAAGAUUUUUUCAGUGGCCAUGAUGAUGGUUGGCUCUCUUCUUUAUGCAACUAUUUUUGGAAAUGUCACCACUAUUUUCCAGCAGAUGUAUGCCAACACCAACCGAUACCACGAAAUGCUGAACAAUGUGAGAGAUUUCCUAAAAUUAUAUCAAGUCCCAAAAGGCCUUAGUGAAAGAGUCAUGGAUUAUAUUGUCUCAACCUGGUCCAUGUCGAAAGGAAUUGACACAGAGAAGGUUCUCUCGAUUUGCCCAAAGGACAUGAGAGCAGAUAUUUGUGUGCACCUAAACCGAAAAGUUUUUAAUGAGCACCCUGCCUUCCGGCUGGCCAGCGAUGGCUGCCUGCGAGCCCUGGCCGUGGAGUUUCAGACGAUCCAUUGCGCCCCGGGGGACCUCAUCUAUCACGCUGGGGAGAGUGUUGAUGCUCUUUGCUUUGUGGUCUCAGGAUCCCUAGAAGUCAUCCAGGACGACGAGGUGGUGGCUAUUUUAGGUAAAGGUGAUGUGUUCGGUGAUAUCUUCUGGAAGGAAACCAGUCUAGCCCAUGCAUGUGCCAAUGUACGGGCUCUGACUUACUGCGAUUUACAUAUUAUUAAACGAGAAGCCUUGCUUAAAGUGUUGGACUUUUACACUGCUUUUGCAAACUCCUUCUCAAGGAACCUCACGCUCACCUGUAAUUUGAGGAAACGGAUCAUCUUCAGGAAGAUCAGCGAUGUCAAGAAGGAAGAAGAGGAGCGCAUGCGCCAGAAGAACGAGGUGACCCUGAGCAUUCCUGUGGAUCACCCUGUGCGGAAACUCUUUCAGAAGUUCAAGCAGCAAAAGGAGAUGCGGAAUCAAGGCUCAACCCACAUCGACCCAGAAAGGAACCAGCUUCAGGUGGAAAGUCGGAGCGUGCAGAAUGGGGCCUCCAUCACGGGCACCAGUGUGGUCACCGUGUCUCAGAUCACCCCCAUCCAGACGUCCCUGGCUUACGUGAAAACCAGUGAGGCGGUGAAGCAGAACAACAGGGAUGCAAUGGAGCUCAAGCCCAAUGGGAAUGGAGAUCAAAAGUGUCUCAAGGUGAACAGCCCCAUGAGGAUGAAAAAUGGAAAUGGGAAGGGGUGGCUUCGACUGAAGAACACAAUGGGGACCCAUGAGGAGAAGAAGGAAGACUGGAACAACGUCACGAAAGCUGAGUCGAUGGGAUUGCUCUCUGAGGACCCCAAGUGCAAUGACUCAGAGAACGGUGUAAAUAAAAACCCACUGAGGAAAACAGACUCUUGUGACAGUGGAAUAACAAAAAGUGACCUUCGCUUGGAUAAAGCCGGUGAGACUCGCAGCCCCCUGGAGCACAGCCCCAUUCAGGCUGAUGCUAGGCAUCCCUUCUACCCUAUUCCUGAGCAGGCCUUACAAACCACGCUGCAGGAAGUCAAGCAUGAACUCAAAGAAGAUAUCCAGCUGCUAAGCAGCAGGAUGGCUGCCCUUGAGAAGCAGGUGGCAGAAAUUUUAAAGAUAUUGUCUGAAAAGAACGUACCCCAGGUCUCUUCCCCCACAUCCCAUUUAUCACCCCAGCGGCCACCCCAGAUACCUUGCCAGGAUAUUUUUAGUGUUUCAAGGCCUGCAUCACCUGAAUCAGAAAAAGAUGAAAUCCACUUUUAGCAUAUACCUAUGUGUAUAUAUGUAUACAGUAUAUAUGCAGAGGUGUAUAUAUACCUUUAUACAUAUAUAGGUGUGUGUAUAAGGUAAAUAUAUAUACAUAUAUAUUUUCACUUGCAUCCAAUAUGACUUGAACACACCAAGGAUUUUGAUAUGUAAAUAUUGCAUGUCCAGCUGGAUUCUGGCCUGCCAAAGAAAACAAUUAUUAACAUAGAUAUUGCUUGUAUAAUAUGCAGUUGACUGCAUGCACACUUUACAUUUAUUUAUAAUCUCUAUUAUGUAAUAAAAGAAUGACUUUUGUUUAACAAAGGCAAUGUACUAUUUAAAGAAUCAGGGUCUAACCUGCCAAUAUUGCCAUGACAGUUUUGAUCUCAGGCUGGGUGAAUUGAGCUUUUACUUCCUCACUGUCUUUUCUGCCAAGUUAGGCAGUAGGUUAAUAUGACACGGAGGACACGUUCAGACUUCAAGUAGUACCAUUUCCUGGUAUCAUUCCAUUACAAUAUACUGUAUAUUUGGUAAUAAGUCCCCCUACUCCUCCUAAAGGGUGGGCUCAGCUCAGUUGCCAGGGAAGGGCACCAUGUUGGGUGCUGAAGUAGAUCACUGGAAUUUAUUUGUGGAUGUUGUGCAUGCACGGCCUUCUCUUUCAAGUAUCCUCCUGCUCUUUUAACAUCGUAAGUAAGACAUAGUAAUGGUGAUAUAUGUAAUGAAAUGCAGCAAACAGAAGCUCUCUCAGCUGCACACCCUGUCUAUCUGGGGGUAACAUCUUUCUGAAAAGCCUCCUUUUAUUGAUGCAGUUUUUACUGAACCGUUAGAGUGACAUUAUGUAGAUUCUCUUUGCAGCACUUAGCGAUGGUGUCCGCUUCUGUCAGUAUCUUCAUUAGGAUGUCCCGUUUUUCUGAGGUUGCUCUCCCUCUGUCCUCUUCAUUGCCUCCGGCAAAACGACUUUGAAUGAGGUCUGGCAAGGGAGAAAGCAGUCAUGCUUCAGCUGCUUGGGAGCCUCGGGAGCAGAUUUGGGAGCUGGAAGUUAAAAGGCUGCAGUGAAUCCCCCUACACUCUCUUUUCUGAGGCUGUUUAUCCAUCUGAAGCUACCUUUGAGAAAGAGAGAAAAUCAACAGCCAGGAUGGAAAAUGGUGACGGUGAAAUUCCCUUUAGCCUGAGGCACUCGGAUGAUGUUGGGGUGGGCGAGUGGUGGGUGUGGUGUGGGGAAUAAGUCCUUCUUGCCUUGGACUUGAUGAAGGUUUUGGUGGAUGGGAUGUUAAGAUUUGAGCGUGAGCUCUCUGCACCCACACCACCAGUUGUUAGGCAUAUUAAGGCCAGUAGGUCUGUCUUAGGUGCUCUCACCUUCCUCUUGGCUGGCUCCCAUCAACAUCUCCCAUUCUUGAUCUGUGCUCAGAUUCCACCUCUGCCACUUAGGCUGAUGCACUGCCCUUUGUGAUGGCUUUGCAGGGCAUGCUUUUGCAUUUGACUAUGUUUUUUCUGCUACUGGGGGCUGAGCUCUUGGACUCAGGCAUGGUGAGGGUUUUUUUGCCUCUUUGCACUGCAUGAGAAUUCAGGCAGACACUACUGACAGCAGAGAAGGCCAUCAUGGCAGAGCUACUGGUAGCAUAGCAGAGGGCAGUGGCUCUUUCAGAGAAGGACGUCUCUACCACACUUCAGUGGCCUCUCGCAUGAAAGUCCCAUGUUUUCAGAAGUGCCUGGAGAAAAACAUAUGAACCAGCCACAAGGCAUGUUUAUCAAUCAGGUAAAUAAAAGGCAUGUUUAUAAUCAGUGGGCAUCCUUACCAGAUAUUUUACUUCGCAUUAGGAAACUAAUUUGAACUAGAUGACUUCUUGAGAAACCAAAAAAAUCCAAAGACAACAAAAAGCAAGCAACCAACCAACAACAUCUGUAGUAGUGGCAGUUAGGAACCUGUAUCUUUGGGUCAUCAUAUCUCCUACUGUGAAAUCCAAACCCAUAAGCUACAGAAAGAUCCUAAAAAAGCCAAAGAAGCCAUUGCUUCUCUUAUGUCAGCUCAUGGAAGGAUGACAUUGAUCUUUCUCUUUUGUUAUUCCUUUCUGGCCCAUUUCUGCCUCUCUUUCAGUCUCUUUCUUCAGGAAAUUAUAGAAAGAAGAAAAGAAAAACUGAAAUCACUGAAAGGGACAGCUCUUCCCAAAGGCUGGUGCUAGCCUGCUUGCUAAUCAUGCUUUCUGCAGCUGCAGGUGCCAUUGUCAAAAAGGGCAGCUGUAUUUUGCAGCUGUUCCUCUGACACAAGUACAAAUCUGCAGCCACCCUUUGGUCAGCAGAGACAAUCUGCACUCGCAGAACAGCAGCACUUUCAGAGCCCUGCUCUAAACCUUCCCCCGGUACUCUGACAGAGUUGUGGGGUUGCAGCGUUCAGGAGUUACGGGGUUGCUGCAGGCUGCUGGAGCAUGCACAGACCUUGGGGGGUACAGCUUAAGUGCCAAGUUUUGAAGAUGUGGCUGUUGUUGCCUGGCUGAAGUUGUGACUCAGCCAGACACACGGCAGUUUACCUCCCUCUGCCCAGAACUGCCCAGUCAAUAGCUGAGCCACGUGGCUGCCUGGGCUGGGGUUGGGUCAAGUUCCUUGCAUGCAUGACUAUGCCCUGAAAGAGCCAGCGGGGUGGUAGGGAUGACUCUGUUAGAAAGCUUUGGCCUUAAUGGCAUUCCUCUGCCUUUGUGAAGGACUUUUUCUGUUUCUCUGUAACUGAUAUUAACUCUAGCUAGAACUGCAUGGCAUGCAAAGGGAUCUCUGUUUCAGUUUAUCUUGCAAGUCAGAUGUAACUUUGUGCCACCGUACAAUGAGAGAUCAUGUAAUAGGAUUAAUCUAACCUUGAAAAUUAUUUGAGUCUGGAAUGUCUAUUGCAGUGCAAGUGCAACUAUACUGGUUAAAACACUAUAAAUAAUGUAAAAUAGCAAGUUCCUGAAACACAUGCAGCAUUUCCAGGGUCACUUUGCUUUGACUCUGAUAUUCUAGUGUUGUCUAUUGCAAGUUCAGUGGAACUGGCUGGUGCCUUGCUCAGUCAGUAGUGUGAUGGGUGUCUUACAGGCAACAGAAACUCUCUCUGCAGAUGGACUCUGUGUGCUGGGGGUGCAGCUGAAGCUUCAACUCCAGUUGCUGCUGUGCUGAAAAUACGGUCUGUAGAGUUCUGAAGCAUUUUGGAGCAUAACGUGUUGUUUCAUGGAGUUGUUACCAGGGCACUUGUUCAGCUUUCCCAUCUGCUAACGGCAGUGCAUGGUGUGAUCCAGCACACUGCCGGCUGGAGCGUCCCUUCCUGUUCAAGAAGCAUGAGUCCGUGUUGCAUUCACGCUUGACUCAAAGCAACCACCUGUAUUCAUGCAAUAAGGGACCACACGUGUCCCUUCUACCUAUGCCAGCAGCCAUGUGCUGCAUGCGGGGAGCUCUCAGCUGCAUGCUUUCCUUUCCUGUAAGAGCUGCAUACGUGUUCAGAUGUUCCUGCCACGUCUGGUAGCGGUGUUCAUAGCACGUGCAGUGUGCUCCAUGUGUUCCAAGCAUUUUACCCACACACAAGUGGAUUUUAUCUUUCUGGAUAAGGUAUGAAUAGAAAUAAAACAUGUAAACACUUCCCAAGGCGUAUGAACUAGAGUACUUCGGAUAGCAUUUUUGUGUCAUAUUACCUAUAUGAGAUAGAACAGCACUUCUGGCUACUAGCUGAAAAAAUAACUACUGUAGUGGAGAUAUAGAAGGGAAGCAUCCCUCAGUUCUUCUGAUUUUGUAUCUGUAUGUCCUGUUUUCUGUGUUUUUGUCUUUGCCAGGGGACAGGGGUUAGAGCAGAGCUGGCUCUGGAAGUGACAAACUUAAGCUUUGCCGAUUUUUCUUUUCCCUGUUCUGCAGAAGUAGCACAACUGUAGGGAUUUGAAUCUGCUGGCACUGAUUGCUUGGGCUCAUUGCUAGAUCCAAACUGAGUCUUCAUUCACCACCAUGUGGAAAGCAAUCCUGUUGCACAGGUGUGAGCUGAAGUUUGAAUCUGAUGAACAUAUGGGACCAUACAGUGUGUUUUGGAUUCCAGGACAAUUGUAGAGAACUGCUGGCUGCAGAAUUAAUGUUGCACUGUUUGCAAGCAAUGAGCAGUCACUCUGGAAGUAACUGAGACUGUCGUGCAGACUUCAUCGUUUGCACGGGUCACAGAACAGAUGUGUUCAUAAAAGAGCUUGGAGGCUUUCUGGGGAAAAAGACAUCCUGAACUGGAAGGAAAUAAUCCACAAAAGCCAAAGGUUUAAUGUGCAGUUUGGGAGCAAGGAGGAAGAAGUGGGAUGCAUUGCAGUGACGGGACGCUUUCUUGGAGUGUUUGGAAAACCCAAACCUAUCUUUUUGGAUGUCAGAAUUGGACAGAUGAUAAUUUGUUAAAUAUUUUUCCUAAGUGAAGAGCCAUCAAAACAAUACCCAGUUUUUUAAGAAACGCAUUCAAAUGGCAGUUUCCUACAGAUGGGAGUUUUUACAGAUUUUGUUACAGUUGUUUUUAGCAGGCUGUAUCUAAAGGCUUUAUUUGAUCCUUUUUUGGUAGCAGAAGCUUGUGUUAACAUGUAUCUUCAAGUCUAUAGAUCUGUUGUGCUUUAUAGUCUUGCUGACAAUGUACUUGAUGGGGAGUGUUUAAGAAAUGGGGUUCCUUUGGAGAAAAGCAUCUCAUCAUGGUACCCUGUGCUCUGUGACUCCAAUCCUGAGCUAUGAGAGUUAAACAGCAGUAGUUUACAUUUCUCUUGGAAUGUGUGUGUCUGCACUGAUUCCCUUUAGGGAAUUUAAGGAGGGAAAUAGAAGAGUUGAUGCAGUCCUUGAUCCGGAUGGCCCCACACUUUGCCUAUGUCUGUGCUACCGGAGCACCUUCCUAUGGUGUCCACAGGGAAGGAAGGUUGGAUCACACUAGACCUCAACAUCUGAGAGUAGGCUUUGUCAUUUCCCCUUACUUUUUUUCAUACAAGCAACUAACAUGAUCUCUGAUUUUUUAAAUUGGUUUUAAUGUGUUGAGGCACAUUUCAAAAGAGAAUACAUUCUUAAAGCAAAAUGCUGAAUGGAGCUAAAACAGAUAAGAGGAAAGAAAUGUCUUGCUUUUUCUGGCAGACAAGCAAGAAAUGUUCAUACUGACACAAAGAAUAUUGUGCAGAGAUCAGCGUUGUGAUACCCAGCAAAUGACAAACGAAAUAAAAUCAUCGUUCCUGAGUGUGCAUUUAAUAGUACAGAAAAUUGACCUUGUGCUGUGCUAUGGGACGAGAAGACUUAUUUUGAUUUUGAAUGCUCAGAAGAUAUAACCAUUCAAAAAGGGCUUGUCCAGGCCAUAGUAAAUAAAUGACACUGAUUUAUUAUGUUAUGUUAAUCUGCCUACUGUUGCAAGGCAGGUGGAUUCAGGCAUCUUGGGGCAGUAUUAUUUCCUCAUGGUUUUCUGCUCAGAGGUGUAAGCUUGCUUGGCCCACAGUCUGAGACUGUUGGUGUGCACCAACUCUGUAUCUGGCUGUCUGCCAUAAAUAUGUCAAUUAGCCUUAAUUAAAAGCCCUAUAAAAAGGACUUCUUAUUAGCUUGGGAUCAGCCACCCCAAUGACGUGCCUGUAAGCUAUCUGGUCCAGAGCAGAUUCAAUUCACAGUCAUCAGUGGCAAAGUGUAUGUUUCUGCCUGCCUGCCAAGGACGUAUGGACACAUCAUAGGUGUAUAUACCUGCCCAUUUGCAGUAGAGACAGAUCUGGCCCGUUUGAGUCAGGUGUUUCAGACAGGUGGAAUAAAUCGUGCUCCAGAGGUGUCAGUCUCUCACCACUUACAGUAGAGUAACGAGUACAGAUGAGACACUUGAUUUGUAGACUGCUGGAGGGUAGGUUAACAGAAUCCAGCCUAUAACUCAAGCUCCCAGCCUGAUUCCCUUUGUAUGAAAAGGUGUCCCUAAAAGAAACCACUUACCAUCUUUCCAUCACAGAGGCACUUUCAUACAGGGAAAAUUGAAAUGUCUCAGCAUGCAACCAGAAACAAAGUGUUCAGCUCCUAAGCUGCUAAGACAGCUCCCUAAAAAGACUCAGGUGCUUGGUUCUUGGCCAGUGGUAAUCAGAUUUUUAACUUUUUAGUCCAAUACCUUUGUAUGAUGCUCCAGGAAAACCUCAUUUUCCCAGGUAUAUGGCUAUUGUGAUGCUCUCAUGCAGCAGCAAGGUGUGGAUGGGAAUAACCAAUCACUUUUUGGAUAGUGUAAGGCUGCCAUCUAUUUGGAAUCUUUGCCUGCCGUGGGGCAUUAAGAAUGCCAGGAGUCUCAUAGCUGCGCUGUGUUGUGCUGUGGAAAGAGGCCCAGUCUUGGAAAUGUCCAGCACAGGGAAAAUCUGUGCUGGAGAGCUUCCAAAGUAGAGAAUGACCGACCAUCAGGUGAUUGCCCAGACUGAGCAGAGCCCUGGCUCUGUAUUGUGCAGCAUGGGGAGAGAGGAGAGAGGGAAGAAAGGAUAUAAAGAAUGAGGGUCCACAAAUGGUCACACGUUGCUGAAGUUAUUUUUUAUUAGUCUCUGUAUAGUAGCUGUUGGUGCUUUGUAAUUUAUUUAUCUGGAAGCUGGCGGGGUCCUGUUUCCUAAAGUUCUAUGGGCUGUGCAUCAUCACAGCAUAUGGGCUCUGCCUUUGAAGCCGACCCUACUUUGAACAGGACCAAAGAAUUCCAGCAGUCCUGCCUGAGCUGUGCUUUUGUAUCAUUGGUGUUUCUGGAGGCUUAAGUAGCACAAAUGGGAAGUGAAAUAUGAGAGUUCUCAGUUAUGUCUCAGUAUCUUCCAGUUUUCAAUAUAAACGUAUUGAGGAAUGUGAUGUCAAUUUUCAAGGUAAAAAGUGUUUCUAAGAGCUGAUACUUAUCAAGCAGACACCAGAGAAAUUUGGCAUGUUCUGAAACUACACCAUUUAAAUGAAUUAAAGCCUUCACUUGGUAUCAGCUAACAUCCACACUCAGUGCCAAAUGCUGAGAAAAGUGUCUUGGUGACCAUGCAGUUUCUGGAAGCAGUGGACUAAGACAGAUAAUUCUGCAACACCCACUCCCUCUUCCAGCCUCUUCCCCAGCCCAUUGAAAAGUGAUUGUGGUGUCUAGAAAUGCCAUAAAAAAAUCAAUAGCAUUUGAGCUGAUUUUCAGUGUUGCACUGGCAGAGAUCCAUGCGUUAUUCUUACUCCUCUGAAUUCAGCCUUCUGUUCUCAUUGUCGGCAUGUUGACACCAUUGCUCAAACAGGCUGGGAGUGUCCAUAGGGUCCAUAGGGGCUGGCAGCAUCUAUGGGGCCCAUGCACAUCUCUAGAGCCUGCUCCAACCCCAUUCCCAGGCUCAUCCCCUGUUCUCUUGGUGUGAUAUUACAGGCUCAUCCCAAGUUUACUCAUGGCCCUUUUAGGUUCAACUGGAAAACUGCUUUUCUAAACACACCGACUCCGUGUGUGUCCAUGCUGUCUUGCUAAGUUACUCAAAAAAUCCUUUCCAAACCACGGCUUAGCAGUGAGUUUCCAAGUAAAUCAAGUGCACCAAGACAAACCUUCCAUUCUCAGUACAUUGUUUUAUUAAACAAACCUUAAUUUUUGUUUUAUAUCGGGUGCUUCUUUGCAGUCUUGAAUACUGUAGUGUCCCAUAGGGAUGGUGAGGACUGUAGUGUUGGUGUUUUUUAAUGAACGCUUCUAAUGAGAAACGGAACUCAAAUGAGGCACUAGCUUCAUGCUCAGUCCAAUCUCUGCCACGGGUGACUCUCUUCUCUGUUUCCCUCCUGCAGUUACACCUUAGGUGAAGUUCAGCACUGGCAGCACUUUGAACUGAUGCCAUGCAGUGCUCUUAAAGGUCCUCUUUAUUUCCUCCAGCCGACCCUAGGGCUCUGCUCAUCAUUUCCUUGUGAGUUAUGCAGGGAUGCUCAGGUGCUUUCCUGUCCUGGACUUGGCUUCAGAAGAAUUGCCUGAUUUGUUUCACCUCUUUUCUCUGUUGUUUUUGUAGAACAAAAAGUCUUUUUUUGUGUUGGUUGGUCAGGAGAAGACGUGCAUGGCUUCUUGCAAGCCAGCAAGGAGCAGCAAUGCCAUACACUUCACUUUCAGGAUGAUGGAGCACUUGAGGCCACUCUCGGGACCAUUAGCCUGAGGUCACAGUUCAGACUGUAAAUUGAGCGUCUUGCCCAAACUCUCAUGAAAAAAGGAGUUUUCUUCUAAAGCAAAACAAAAUUUGUGUUCUGCUUCUAAUUAUCCCUCUGGUGUCCCUGCAGGAUUAAUUACCGCUGCCUUCACUUAUAUCAUCAAAAGCUGUUUGGCCACAGCUUCUUUUUUUUCUCUUUCUUUUUAGAUAUAAUUAGGAGUUCUGGUGUUAUUGAGAAGCUCAGUCAGGUGGUACUUAAAAGUUACAGAGCUGAAAUGUAACUUAAACAUGUUGCUUAAACCUGUCUUUUGAAUACUAAAACCACCAUUGAACUUCUGGAGCUCAUGCCUUUAGGAUCACCCAUACAUCAGUGUGAAGGUCUUUCUCCUGAAACAAGGAGCAAAAGUGUAUUUUUGUUCUUUGUGGUGCUCCCAUGAUGUGGCUGAUAGGAAAGGACCACGGGUGCAAGGAUGAGAUGGCACCUGCCAGCUCUUACUACCGCCUCUUGGUGCUCUGUAAGUUCCCAGCUACAUUUUUUUACGUAAGGGAAGGGCUGAGUGCCGCCAACUGCAUAAUUCUAUCAAGUGGUAAAUUCAAUUUAUUGAGUGGGAGAGGCAGGAGCUAGCAAUAAGGCAGGAUUUGGGUUUUUAAAAUCUGCCUUGUGGGAAUUGGGCAAGCUACCAGAAAGACAAUAAAGGAUUUAUCUGGCAAUGAAUGCCAGAGGAAUGCUAAAUAUGCGAGUGGCAGAAUUUAUUAACACCAAUGAAAAAGCUCGUUAGUGCUAAAGUGCAAAGCAACUCUGUAAAUGUACCUUUCAGCUGUCCCAAUAAAAUCCCUCUACUCAGACAAGGGGAACUCAGGCCUGUGCAGUGCAGAAUGGGCUGAUUAGCUUUCCCACCAAAUUUGCACACAAAAUACAUCUCCCCCAGCACGACAGUUAGCACUGUUAUCCAGCACAGACAAAUUUCACUACUAACAUCUAUCUGUCUCCCUUGUUGCUUGUUUGACAGUCUCGAAGCUGUUCCUACAGCUCAUGCUGUAGUGUUUCUCAUUUUUCUCUUUGGAUAGGUGUGUUCCCUUUGUUGCUUGUUGCUGGUUGUUGAUCGUUUGCUCUUCAAGAGGUCUGUGGUCAUGUAAGGGAAGUGAGAGCAAACAGAAAACCUGCAGCUUGUGAGAGUGCAGGGGAGGUGGAGAGGUCACCGAAUUUUUAAGGACAGUGUCCCAGAAGUAAAAAUAACACUUGUGGCUGACUAAAGCUCCGAGGUCUGCCUGCACAUUUAUGUGCCCAAAGCCCAUUAGCACUCUUGGGAGACGUGUGGCAACCCCUUGCACAUGCAUUAGGCUGUGAUAUGCCUCAUAAACUUUACAUACCUAUUUGCUGGUGUUAAGCAUGACAGAAGCCCACAACUGGUUGGAACUUUUACCAGCAUCUGUAGCCGGGGAGAUUGUGCUCAAUUCUACGUGGUUUGAAAGCUGCGUGAUCUGAAGCAAAGUAUUUUAUGUCCCUUCCUUCCUUUCUUCCUCCCUUCUUUCCUCCCUUCCUCCCUUCCUUCCUUCCUUCUUCUCUCCCCCCCUCCCUCCUUCUCUUCAUUUCUCCCUCCCUCCAUCCCUCCUUCCCUCCCUUCUUUCCCUGUUUUCCCCCUCUCCUUCCUUCCUGGACUCCUUUAUUUUCUUUUUUCCUUUUUUUUUCUCUUGUCUAGGUUAUUAGGCUACCUAUUAGCUUGUAGAUACAGGCAGAUUUAAUAAGUUAUGCUGCCCUAGCAGAUCUAAUGAGACAAUUAUCUGUUUUUCUAUUUGUGUUCAGAAGAAAUAAUACGCUAAUAGGAGCUGUAGUUAGGGCUGAUUUGUUAAUGUCCUGCUUAAACACCAGCCAGUGGCUCAGUGGUACAGUAAGGGGAUCUCAGCAGAUCUUCUAAACACUGUUCUUCAUUUGGAAGGUAAAUACCUUCGGACUUGGAGCAUCCUGUGUAAGAAUUCCUAUCAAGUGGAAUUAUUAUUCCACUAGUUUCUCUAACUCUCACCCAGGUCUGAGGCACCAAGACGGAUUUCUGGUGUGGACUGAGCUUUCUGAAAGCCAAGAACUGGUGGUAUUGGAAUUUUAAUUUCCAGCCCUUGUCUAAUGUAGAUGUGUCCAAGAUUGCAUGCCCUACAAAAAGCAUGCCAAAUGUAGGCGAAGUGUAGAGGAUGUGUUUGAAGCUUGGGACAGCUAGGUAAAUCUCCAUAAAAUCAGGACCAAUCAGGGGAAAGAGCACUUUAUAAUUAAUAUACAUUUGAAUCCAGAUGACUUAUUCUCGGUGUCUGAAUUGUCAGUAAUCUCCAUCCAAAUUAACUGCUGAAAAUUCAUGACUGUCUAGAAUAUCUUCAUACGAGCCAGAUAUGUACAUCAGCUGUGCAAACUCUCUGGGGAGAAGAACAGUUAAAAAUAAAGUUAUUAUUGCUGCCAUGGAGAGGGACGGUGACAGAGGCAGAGGGUUGUACACUGAGUGCUGCUGGCCCAGACACAGCCCAUAGUGCUCCAUUUUUGAGUCCUUUUGGGUUUCUUCACUUCCAGACACAUAGGAAGUAGGAGCAGAGCAUUGUGCAGCGGUAGAGCAGCUUGUACAGGGCUUCACGAAGUGUAGCCCCCUCCCCAAACCAGGCUUUGAAGGGUGAAUUCCCAGCUCCAUGGAGUGCCACCUCUGCAUCCUCCAUCCUUUUGAAAUGCUUACAAGUUCCCACUCACCUUUAGACAACUAAGUCAUUCUGGGCUCUUAGAGGAAUUAAAAUCUGGGGAAUGUGACCGGGAGGAAAGGAGGAAGAGGGUUGGGCAUGGUCUUUUGUCUGUGCAGCCCCAGCUCCCCAGGGGUGCCUGGUUAUGGCAUCCCUGCACAGCACGCUCAGGCUAUUCACACCAUUGGUGGCAGGUGGAGACUUUCCAACCACUGUCAUUACAGAGCACCUCACUACUAUCAGAACUUUCUAGGUUUUGUUCCUAGGCUUCCUCCUCCCCCUGAAUGACAACUGAGAACACGGACAUGGCUUAGUGGGCAUGAUGACAAUGGGUUGACCAUUGGAUGAGAUGAUCUUAUGGUCUUUUCCAAUCUUAAUGAUUCUAAGCUGAGCCAGGAGCUGCUAUACCGCUAUACCACUGAUCUGCAUGGCAAAAGGCUGAACCUACAACCACCCCAGCUCACUCUUACAAAACCUGUAGUCUGUGCUUAGCACCCACCCCAUCCUUCCUUCCUAUCUCCUUCCCUGCUGUAACGCCGCUGUGUGGCCAAGGUGUGGGGUUUUCCCUUUACCUGGGAUCUGUGCAUUGCCAGCCCAGUGCUCGCGCUGUGACACCUCAUUCAGCAUCCCUGAGCACCCAGCAGGGCUGAUCCUGUGACGCUAAUCCUUGGUUUGUGAGAGUGGUUCCACUGAAAUUAGCAGGACUUUCUUCCCAAGGGAGGAUUAGUUCAGAGGAGCAUAAUGGGCUUUAAAACCUCCUUUUACCCUUAGGUCCUUAGUUUUGCUUUCACAUUUCAAGGUGUUCGGUUAGCAGAAAAGGCACCGCCCGGAUAAUCCCAUUUGUGACCCUGUUAUAGAGAAAUUGAGCAAAACAACUGGUUUUAAAAGCUCAUCUUGGAAAAACUGGCCUACAGAGUAACUGCAGCUUUUGAAUGUACGUGAUUCAUAGACACUGGACUGAGGGGAGGAGAAAUAUUUUGUGAAAACUUUUUUUUUUUUUUCAUGGGAGAAAUGGAGGGAAUGGGUUAUUGCUCAGAUGAUGUUUCUUUUGUUACUACUUACUGCUGUUUGUACACUUGCCAAUGCAGACGGCACUCGUGUUACUGGUGAUAUUUUUGAACAGCCCAGCUAUCUUUUUUGCUGCUGUUAAUAUACUGAGGAUUUGGGAGGAUUUUAAAUGCCUCUGCCCUUCAGGAUUAUUUCUACAAAAGCAAUUAAGAACUGUAUUUUGACAGCAGGAAGCUUAUAAAAACCUGGAGAGGAAAAAAAAAAAAAAAAAAAACAACACACAAAAAAAAUAAAGCAUUUGAAACUGAAUAGCUACAAAAGGAAUGCACCUCUGCUACCAUAUCGGAAAUUCACAAAGCGAUCAUGAAUGACAUGAAGGAAGGACCAUCCUUCCACUGAGACCCAUCCAUCAGCUCACGCAGAAUGGACGCUCCUUGACCACUCGCCUGCCUGCCGACGAGGGACCGUGGGGACGCUGUGGUGGGAGGUGAUGGUUCUGUCAUUCCUGGACAUUGCCACGUGUGGUCAAUGCACAUUGGUUAAUCCGUAGCAAAGUUUCUUGUUGCACUUUUCUGUUUGCUAAAUUUCAACAACAAGGAAAAUGUGGGUCACUUUAAAAGCAUUGGCAGACAACUGUUUCUAACCCAAAGGAUUAUGGGUUUUAGCACAAUGAACUGUACUUCUUCAGGGAGGAUCAACUUUGAUUUUUUUUUUUUCCACACGUCUUUAUUUACAUGUGGCUAUAUUUUCAUUGAUACAGAAUAAAAAGUGCAUUUUAUUGA